AUGCUAUCCACCGUGUCAUGGUUUCUCAAUGAAUGCUCUGCAGACCAUGAAGAAAGCAUAGCAGCGCUAGCAUUAGAUUCUCUCCACGCUUUAUGCAAAUCAGAAGUAGUGGAUAUCCGAACCACAUGGAAUGCAUUAUCUCGCAAACUAAAUAAAGACAAGCGGAAAGUGGUUAACAGGAAAGUGUGUAAACUAUUUUCAUUGGUACCUGUAUUGAACGUUGAAACUGACGAGUAUGAGGAAUUUCGUGAUGAUAUUGUUACUAUCCUGUGGUCAUAUGCUAAGAGUUAUGACCCGUCUAUAAGUGGAGCUGCUUAUAAGGCCCUGGCUAAUUUUGAUGAACAAGAGUUUAGAUUGGAUGAUUUACCAGAAAAUCUGAGUAAAGAAGUCAAGCUGAGGAUAAAAGCCAAUAGGAGAGAAUAUGAGGAUGAUAGGGAUGAAGAGGAAGAAUUGGAAGAUCUUGAUAUCCCUGGAGAAAGUUAUGUUAAAUUGAUGUGUCAAGUUCACCGUGAUAUACUGAAAAACUUUGAGAUGUUCCUGACAUCGCUAGUUGCACAGGAAAUCAAAGCGAUGCCACGAGGUAUUCAUCACUCAGCUAUGAAGGGACAGAACAAAGCAGCCAAUCAAAAUCGAGCUGUCAUUAGUAUUCCUUCACUGAUGGAAAAACAGUAUGAGAAAAACAGGCUACCCAGCUUAAAGCAAGGGCUGGCUGCUGCUCUAUUGUUAUGCUACGACCCAACAUUGGAUGUUGGCAGAGAUGGAAAACCAGCAAGACGUCACCUUGUUAGCUUUGGACGUUCUUAUCAACAGAUGCUGAACGUCUUAUUGAAUGAGGUUCCCGUUCAGCCUGCAGAAUGGUUACGUACAAUGUUGAUGCCACAGACUUGGACAUCGUUCAUGCAUGGGUUGUUUGCCGCAAUGCUUGAGGGUAGAAGAGCUGAAUUAGAGAUGCAACAAAGCCACAAGCACACAGAGUAUAGUGAGGAAGAUUUGAAAAUCAAACAGACGACAAUAUGGCUGUGGGUUCGUGAUAAAAUCACUGACCAACUCAAGUCUUCUGCUAAAGGCAACCCCACUACUCAAUCUAACUCUGUAAUGGCUCUGGCUGGAUUGGCUGUUGUGAUGGCCAAACAUGCAGCUAGUAUUGGUCAAUCAGAGACUGAUGCUGCACAUAAACUAGCACCAGAACAUACAAAUCAGAGUCAGUGGUUGGCCAUGGUUACAGAUACUUUGAUAACUGUACUUGAUGGAAAUGUUGCACCAAAGGGACGAGUUUUUAUCAUGUGUCAACAGAGAUCCAGUCGUAAUACCAUGACGUCAAGUCUUCUAGCAAGAGCUGGAGCUGCGGUCGCUUUGUCCCAGAUUGCUCCCUGGCUGGUUACUAUGGAUACUGAAAGAGUCUAUCAGAUGAUGGAUGUAUUAUCGGCUGGGUUGCCGGGACAGUCGUCUGCGGAUGAUUCACCAGUGUUUCAGUUUCACUGUGGUUUAGGUUUAGGGAUGUUGCUGAGUCAGCUUAAUGCCGAACACUUCAGUGAAGUGACAGGAAACGAGGGCACCAUGGCAACCAUGAAGGCUCUAGAUAAUCUAGAGAAAUGUAGCUUAGAUGCUGGAAUGGAGAAUGUUAACGGCUGUAGAUUGGGUCUUGGAUUAGCUUUAUCCUCAAUGUGUGGCCUCGGCAACAUAGAAAAUCGGGUACACGUCACUUCCAUCCAUUCUAAGUUAUUAGCAGCUUUAGAUGGGUUGGAUGACACACAGAAAUCAGGAACAACAUUGCAGAUGUUAUGCAUGUCAUUGGCCUGUUUAACAGCAUCUGCCUACAGUAGUGGGUUUGUUUCCUCCGAUGUUAGCAUUGUAGUUUUAGAGAAGAUCACUGCCUAUUGUAAGGAAUACCCACAGGUGCCUGGUCUUAAAUUUGCCCUGGGUGUCCUAUGCAAUGGUUUGAGUGUCGCUGGACAUGGUGGCAGUAAUGAUAUCAUUAACAAAAUAUUCACUGAAUGGAUGGAAAGAAUCAGUAAACAGCAUGGAUGUCCAUCUUUGGAGCAAAGUGCAAUCCUCAGUGGGCUAGCAUCUCUGGUUUCUAUGGAUACAACAUUUAUACGCACAGAUGGUGAAUUGACCAUGACUCCGGAGACGCAGAUAAGACAGAAUCAGUUAGUGAAGUUACUCACACAGGAGAGAUUCCCCUCGAGACAAGGACCAAUUGAUUUUGUGAGAUAUCUGAAUCCGGUUGCCAUGCAGACAGGAAUUUUAGGGAAAGAUUCUUCACCAUUGCUAGAUAGGCAGGUUUAUUUAGUGAAAGGUGAUAUUCCAAUGAAUGUCAAUCAAGUACUAAUCUAG